AUGAUCGCUCACAUCUCCUCGUCGCCUAGCAACUUCUCUGACACGCUCUCCACCAUCCAGAUUGCCUCACGCGUCCUCCGCAUGAAGAAGAAGAAGACCAAAGUCAGCAUGGUACAUAUAUGAUCAAUUAAUCAAUCUUUCAUUCAAUCAAUCAUUCAAUCAAUUAUUCAAUCAAUCAUUCAAUCGUUCAAUCAUUCAGUCAUUCAAUCAAUCAUUAAUUCAAUCAAUCAUUCAAUCAAUCAGUACAUUACAUUGCUCAUAAAUUUCACAGUUCUUUUUCAGGGGCUCAACUUCUAUAUGUCCAUAUUGAUAUUUCAGUAAAGAAGUUUACUUUCAGUAUUGAUGUAACUUGAUGACACUAUUACAAUGAUAGGUCAAUUAAAUGUAGAUUCUAAUUGGUUUAUUUAAACAAGUGUUUUUUUUUUCUCAUCCAUUUUCACAUCCCCCUCUCUCUUUCAGCAAUACACGUCCAGUUCGUCAGGGGGUGAGAGUUCGUGUGAGGAGGGGGGAAUGCGUCGCCCCACUCACCUGAGACCGUUCCACUCCCGUAGCUCUGCAGACUCAGACCUGCCUCUGCUGCACCUCUCCAGCGACCCAGACAACUACUCCAGCAGCGAGCAGUCCUGCGACACCGUCAUCUAUGUGGGCCCCAAUGGGGGCGCCAUCUCAGACCGCGAGCUGACUGACAAUGAGGGCCCGCCAGAAUUCGUCCCCAUCAUCCCUGCUCUGCUGAAGAGCAAAGCCGAGUCUGGCGUCGUGCCGACUACGCCACCUCUACAACAGCAGCAGCAGACAGUACUCCCCCGGGCCCAGCCUCAGCCUGUCCCUAUACAGACACACACCCAACUCCCUACCCAGCCUACCGAGCACCUCACCAUCCUCAACCAGUCCCCGCUCCCCCUCCUCCAGCCCCUGGGUCAGCCCCUGCCCCCCGUGCCAGAGGAAGGGGCAGAAUGCCUGAAGUGCAACACCUUCGCUGAGCUGCAGGAGCGUCUGGAGUGUAUCGACUGGAGCGAGGAGGUGGCCAAGUUCCCUUUCGAGGAGGUGCCGGUUAACAGGGGGGCUAAGCCCGACACCCUGGUUCCCCCGGGGUCUGAGACGGGGCGUAAGGAAGGGGUGGAGGUGGAGGAGGUAGAGCCCCCCAGGAGGAUGUCCAACGACCAGCAGCUCCAGGAGAUCAGGGAGGUGGUGGAGGAGGCAGAACUGGCCCAGACCAUGAUAGAGAGUCUGAGCCUGACCGGCAGCCGCAGUGUGACUGGUAGCAGUGGAGCAGGACACACCAACACCAACCCUCUACAGAGGGACAAGAGUGCCAGCCUCCAUGACAGGUAAGAACUAUUUGUUUGUUUGUUUGGAUCUCCAUUAUUACAGUGACACUGCAACAGCUACUCUCUCUGGGAUCCACACGAAACACAACACAAAACCUACAUUAGUUUGUAUAGUUUUAUCAACUGACUUAUAAUUUCUAUGUGUCUUGAAGGUAUGUUUGUUCUUAAUAGCUUCUAUUUCCUUUUCUAUUUCUAUUCCUUUUUAUUUGAUUGACAGUCGUGAGUCUCUGAGCGCCGGCAGUAGCAGUGAUGGGAAGCCACGCCCCCUGGGCUCUCCUCGGCUGGGCAUCGCCUCUCUUACCAAGACCUCUGACUACAGACCUCCCUCCUCACCCUCACAGCGCUGCAAGGUACACCAUCUGGCUUUGACACCUCCUCUACUGUCUUUGGUUGUAUUUAUACAAUUAUUGUGUUGAGUUUUAACACUGACCUCAUAAAAUGCAUUUCCAUGAAAAUGUACUGCAUCACUGUAAAGCAUCUUUGGGUCAUUGAAAAGCACUAUAUAAUCCAAUAUAUGAUUAUGAUUAUUAUCCAGGUCUACACCCAGAAGGGUGUGAUGCCGGGAACGCCCCCUUUGUCCUGCCAGAGUCUGUCUACUGCAGACAGCCUGGCAGACAGUGGGAGGUCCUCUACAGAGUCCCUGCUGCAGCCGGUGUCCCUGUCCAGGACCUCCCCUGUGAGGAUGAGUCCCCGGGUCCUCAAACGAACCAACUCCUUGUCUGCUAGCCUGGGGUCGGCUGAGACGCUGUGUGAUGAGGAUGUACCUCAGAUUCCUCUGGAUGGACGCAGGGAUGGUAUGUGUUGCUCUUUGUUCUGUUACUGUGACUGUUACAAUAGUUUUUUGAAGAAGGUUUUUACGUAUGAUCAAAUCAAAUCAAAUUGUAUUUGUCACAUGCACCGAAUACAACAGGUGUAGACCUUACAGUGAAAUGCUUACUUACAAGCCCUUAACCAACAAUGCAGUUUUAAGUAAAAAUUAGUGUUAAGUAAGAAAUAGAUAAGUAAAAAAAAACAGAAAAUCAGAAAAAUAGAAAAAUAACAAAUAAUUACAGGUUUCCUUAAGUUUUCUCAAUUUUUCCCUGCUCUCCUUUCCUUGUCUGUUCUCUCUCUUUCUUCUUCCCAUCUCUCGCUACCUCCCAUAGCCCCAGCUCCAGCCCUCAACCACUCCUCCAUCCCAGCCGACCCUCGCUCUCUGGGGGAAGACGAGCUGGUAUUCACCCUUGGGUGUAAGGAGGGGCUCGAGGUCCGGGGCCUGCUGGAGAGUGGCGGCCGUCCCACCAGCAUCAGUAGCUUCAGCAGCGACUGUUCCGUCACCACCCUGGCCUCGGGGUCCCGCCCUGUCUCCAUCAUCAGCAGCAUCAGCGAGGACCUGGAGCGCUAUGGAAACAACACUACUGUCGUUGCUACGACCACCAGGGUGAUCACCAUGACAACCGCCUCCGUCGCCGGAGUGAUCGCCAUGGCGGAGGUCAGCAUGGCAAAGCUUCACGUGGAAGGAGAGGCGAUGGCGGCGGUGCCUAGCCGACGGUCAUCCAUCUCAUCGUGGCUAAGUGACCUGAGUGCUGGGAGCGACGGAGAUCAGUCUCUGCACAGCUUCAGCCAGUCCCAUGGACACGGGGAGGCUCUGGCCGAACCAGACCCCACACAGGUCCCUCUCUGUGGGGGAGAGGAGCAGGACGAGGCAUCCCUGGGUUCUGGAGGAAGGAAGACUCCUGAGAGUGAAGUAGCAUUGUCUGGAGAUGAGAAAGGGAGGGAGACUAAAGAGAGGCUGAAGAGACUGCCCCCCUCCCUGGGUAAGACCACCAUCACCCUCUCCAACAUGCAGACCCUGGGGGCCUCCAGCAACUUCCUCCCCUUCAAGACCAACAUUACAGUCCACCCCUGUGUGGCCGUCAAACCCAUGGUCAUACUUUCCUCCCUUACCAAGACUCACUUGCUGCCCAAGGACCCACCCAAGCCUGCCCCAGCCCCAGCCCUGGUCCUGGCCUCCAUGUCCAGUGAGCUCAGCUUUGAUGACCCCUGGAUGAAGAGAGACAGGGUGGACGUGAGACCCAAGGAGCUGGUGUGUGAGGUGAAGCCAGAGAAGAGGGUGGUGGAGCCACCAGUCAAGACAGACCCAGCUAAGAGCAGCCAGGCCUGGCCCCAGGGCGAUAGGGCGAGCAGGGUGGACAGUGGCUAUGGAGGGGACCGUCGCAGCUCCAGCAGCGGUGAAGCCAUCUCCUCUCCAGACUCCUGUAAGAGGGUAGUGGGCGGCUCUGAGAUGAUGCUGGUCAGUUCUGGGGAGUGUCUUGUGACUCCUGUCUACUCUGCCGACAUCCUGCACACUGCCAGUCUGCCCCGCGGCUGGCACCGGCUCAACCGCCACGACGGCCUGGACGAGGACCCACUCCGCUGCGACGCUAACGGAGGAGGGGGGGAGUACCGAGGCCUGGGGGUCACCUCCUCCACCCCCUGUAGUCCUAGGGCGACCCUGGACCGAAGGGGGUAUUCUGGGAAACAAGGCCUGUUUUCCCGCCAGAAAGGGAUCCCACCGCUGCCACCAGUACGCAAGUCCAGUCUGGACCAGAAGAACCGGGCAGGAGGCCCCCUCUGCCCCCUGCACGCAGCCAGCCAUGGCCUCUCCUUCUUGGGGAGCACCCCGGAGGACCUGGGCAUGCUUGGAGGAGGUGGAGGGAAACAGAAGGGGUGCAAUGUGGAGAGCAGCAGGUUGUUCGGUGCUAAACUAGAGCAACUGGCUAACAGAACCAACUCUCUGGGUCGGUCCGAUGGAGGUCACAGCUCUCACGGCCCCUACUACGACUGUCUCUCUCCGGAGAGUGGGGAAGCCCUCAGCUCCCUGGGCUGGAAGGGGGCAGCCGGAGGGGGGAGGGGGGAGUGCACCAUGCCACGUACCGGACGCGGCGGCUCAUUGUCAUCCUCCUCCCCUAACGGAAACAGAUCUAGCAGCGCUCCCCAGUCACCCAAGUCGAGCCAGUCCAAGAUCUCAGCGGUCAGCAAGCUCCUGAUGGCCAGCCCUAAGGCCCGGAGCCUGUCGGCCUCCAGCACCAAGACACUCAGCUUCUCCAACAAGUCUCUGCCCCAGUCUGUCAACCGCAGCUCCAGCCUGCCUCCCAACGGCAAGCCCCAGCCCCAUCCCCAGUCCCAGUCCCAGAGUCAGACCUCCAGCCAGGGCCAGAACCAGGCACCCAGCUCUGGCUCCUGGUCCACCCAGUCUCUGAGUCGCAACCGAGUGGGGGGCCUGGCCGCCAAGCUGCCUCUGAGAGCCGUCAACGGACGCAUCUCCGAGCUGCUCCAGGGCAGCGGAGGCUCUCGAUCCGCUGGUCACAACCGAGGAGGAGGCUCAGAGGCUGGGGAGGAGAGGGGUGCUGGAGGGGGUGGAGUUGGUGGCGGGGUACAGGGAGAGGAGAGACCCUUGGUGGUCCACACCCUCCCGUCUCCCUACAGUAAGAUCACAGCGCCCAGGCGGCCGCAUCGCUGCAGCAGCGGUCAUGCCAGUGACAACAGCAGUGUUCUGAGUGGAGAGCUGCCCCCGGCCAUGGGGAAGACAGCCCUGUUCUAUCACAGCGGGGGCAGCAGUGGCUAUGAGAGCAUGUUGAGGGACAGCGAGGCCACAGGAAGCACCUCCUCUGCCCAGGACUCUCUGAGUGAACACAGCUCAGCCACCAGCAGCAGCAGCCGCCGCAGCCUCAAGAACAACAAGAAGAAGAACAACAGCACAGGUCAGCUCCUUUAA